UCAAAAGUUCUUCUGCAGCUAGCAACGUUCUAAUGCAACUUUGUAGGGACGCUCGCGGUUGUGGGUGCUAAGUAUACACACGCACACACGUAAGUGGACGCAUAGUGCUUGUCGUCCGAAGGCCGCUGGCAGCAAGAGAGGAGAGAAAGCUGAGCAACCGCCCAAAAUGAAAACGACGACAUCUCAAUUCUCCAGCUAGUUCUUACUCUCUCGUUUUUCUUUGCCAGCCUUCCAGCCAGAUUUUGCACUUUCGCGAUAGAUACAAAAUACGUAUGUAUGUACAUGCGCAGAUAAAUGCCAUAUAUGCUAAUGCCCCAGAGCACACUGGAAUGCGGUAUAUACAAUAUUUACGAGAGAGCUGCAUCCGAACAGACGAACGACGGUCGUGCGCUAUAGCGGAGUUGACGAUAGCGCCAAAGAGGAGAAUACAAAUUUUCCAACUCAGCAGACAAGGCUCUGACUUUCGUUCGUACGGCGGACGUCCUUGUCCUGCGUCGUGUGUGCCGUGAGUGGACGCUUUGAUGUUGUACAAGGAAAAACUAGCCAAGCAGCAAAUAAAAGUUGCAAUAUUUGCUAAAUAAUAAUAACUAAAAAUCAAAUCGAAAAAAGAAGUUUUCUAAAAUUUCAAAAGUUCUAAUAAAAGGAAAAUUGUAAAAAUUACGAUGAAAUGAAAACUGUGUGAAAGGUGAGAAAAGUGCUGGGCCAAUGAAGUAGUGAAAAAACGCCGAAUUUUGCAGCCCAGCGUUCAGCUUGUGGGGGAGGGCACCUGAGGCGGCGGCUGGCGCGACAGCAGCGCGCUUACUGCAGAGAAUCGACGCGUUUCUUUUGCCUUUGUUUCGCUGUUUCGCUAUUUCGGGUUUGUUUGUGUUAUGUGAUGUGUAAAAAUACGUGUAUUAUUAAGAAAUCGCGAAAAUACAGUGGCCAGGCAGACAAAGUGUGAAAGAAAAAACAAAGUCUACAAAUACGUAAACAAAACGUGAAAUAAAUGCUUUGAAGCAUGAAGGUGAUUUCUUCUAACGCCUUUGAGGAAUUUUCAAUGAAGCACAAACACAGUCGUAAGAGAUCCCUUUACACUAAGGCUCGCGAUUGCUCUGGAGCUUACAUAGCUGCUGUGACAAACAGCUGAGCUGGUGCUUUGUACAACGACAAUAUUGUUUGCCUGGCCACCCGCGCUUGCCGAGCGUUAAAUAUGAAGCAUUUAACAGUCAAAUGCAACCCUGUCACGGUAUAAAAUAUAGUUUUUUCUUUUUAUAAACUUUUUUUGAGCUGGCACGGCGACAAAUAUCAUGAGUAUUCAAAAAUCAAAAAAAUAAAUUUUCUGUACAUGUUUUUGAUUCUCGCAUAUACCGGAAUGCAAAGUGGAUAUUGUUCUGAGUGAAAUUGGAUUUUUUUAAUAAAUUUUUCUUUUUUUUCUUUUUUUUUAAGUUUGAAUACUUAUCGAAAGGUUCUGCCCACUUCGGUAGUCUUUUAUCACUGAAAAAACAGAAGCCGACAUGAUAUCUUUGCAAAGGGCCUCCAUUAUUGAUCAAGAGUUUGUGUUGCCUCAAGCCGUCCAUAUUUCUGUUAUGAAUUAAGUAAUUUACCGUAACACUUUCCGAAUGGAGUAAUGACCAACAUGUGACAAGUUCAUGUAUUAUCGGCUACCCUAGUCAGCCACAUUUCUCAAUUUUUUUGCCAUUACAUUCAUUGCUCUCACGCACUUAUUCACGAAACUGGUUCUCUCAUUUAUAACAUUCCAGGCAGCUUCGUGACUUUUAAUGGUGAAUGCUUAAACCUUACGACAGUAAAAAAAUAAAAGUAUUUCCCUUUUUGAAGUCGCAGCUUUCCGCUACUCUCAAGUCAAGCAUUUUUCUCCAAUCGAAUGUUCAAUAGGCAAAUUUGCCAAGUGUAUCUCGAAAUGUUGCGAUUUUGUUUUUAGUGAGUUCGUAGUUAUGUACGUAUGUGCGUUUGUGUGUGGGUUGCGUUGGCGCACUUCCAAGAAACCGGACACUUCGUUUGUCCCAUAUGCCGUCUGGAACCGUUUGUUGUUUGCCGCUCGCUGUGAUUUCGAAUUCGAUUUUGGCUUCGGUGUCAUUUUAAUUCACUUCAUUCAUGCAACUGUAAGUCUGGCGAUCGUUGUUGUUGUGCUCUCACCCCCGCUACAAGGCAGAUUGCUUGUUCGACAGCCAUUGCUUGGCUGCUGGUCGCCGGACGCAGUCGACAGUUCACCAAUGUACGUCCGUCCGUUCACAAAUCGCGCAGAACUCGAUUUCAGCAGCGGUGUAACGUGAACGCGUCCACGGUGCAUUUAAAUUGUUUCACCGUUAUUUCUCAAGUGAUUUUAAACUGUUUCGUCCUGGAGGAUCUUUUUUUUUAAACUAUUUUUUCGUCGUUGUGUGUUCCAUGUAUCACCAGCAUCCUUUUGUGGGCGAAAACAAAGAUGCAAAGCAAACGAGUGUGACAUGUAUAUGUGUGUGCGUAUGUAUGUGAAACGCAUUCGAAGAAGUUUGAAUACAAAUAAUAAGAUUUUGCUGCAAUGGAAAAUUGCCUUCGUCGGUUGAAUUCAUCAAUGGUGGCGAUUGUGUGACUAAAAUUGUGUGAAGUUGUCCGAAAGAACAGCAAAAGAGAUUCCUGAAACCAGCUUAAAAAAGUGGAAAUAAUUUGCAAAUACAAGGCGCCUUAUAUUAGAGGCUUAGAAAGAAAUGUUAAAAAGCCAGCCUUUGUACUUGUAUUCUUUGAUAAUUCGUAAUAAGAACUAGAAGAACUAGUGAAAUGGAAUAAAAACAAAUGCGUUUUGUCCAAGUUGAAGGACAAGUCUCAAAACAGAGAGUACAACGCAUAAAUAGUUCAGACAUUAAAGGUGAAUUACUAAUAAAGUGAUAAAAUAUUGAAGUGAUGGAACGAGCAACACGCGACCAGAACUAAAAACCAAAAUAAAACCGAAAUAUACGUUAAAACAUAAGCGCUUGCGAGUGGUAGCACGUAGGCUCAUUCGUUUGACGGGCAUUUCCGGUGUUUAGACCCCGGCGAAUACCAGCAACCCUUCGGGCGGCGCAAUAUGAAUUCGCACAACUAUUAGGAAUUUAAGUUUGAGAAAGCAAUAUACAUAAUCAAAAACUAAAUUACAAGCAUACAGUGUAUAUAAAAGAGCAACAACAAUAGUGGUGUUGACUGUUUUAGGCCGAGACACAGUACUGAAAGGCAACCAGGCGAAGCGCGGUAGAAGCAUUAAAAUUGUCGCACAAUUAAACGCAAGCAAAUUAAUUAAAAACGCAAAACAGGGCAGCAGUUGAUGGUGUGAAAAUAAAAGGCCUCGGAAAUUCGUUUCGUUUCUUCGCAAAAACUCCAACGAAAAUACGAAACUUUGUAGACAAACAAUUGGAGAGGAGGCCAGCCGGAGACGGUGUGUAGUUGACCGCAUUGCGAAAAGUAAGGUCACAUGUGGAACGUGUCAAGUGGGUUAGCACUGGCUACUUUUGUGUGCGUGUGAAAGUGUCUUAAGACGACAAUUCGGUGAUAAAUAUUUCGGGAGCCAUUGCGAUACGCAUACGAAUAGUUGUCACGCAACAGUCGGGCUUAGUCGGGAGCUGCGGCAUUUUUAGUUAAACGCAGCAAAUAUAGCUGCAGUGAAGCAGUAAGCAAGCAACAAAAACAACGUGAAAGCUCUUUUUGGCACCGGCCACGCCACAUCCUCAGCUGAAACCUAACUUUUGCCGCUCUUCAACAUAUUUGACUCUUGUCUGCGUGUGUGGGUUUGUGUUUCUUGGCACUUACAUUAGUGCCUUGCUGUGUAAAAAUUCUUAGCAGUGUGCCGCGACCCCGUUAAAUAUUCAGCUGUUUCGUCCUCGUCGGACUAAUUCCAGCUCCAGACGAACUAAGGCCACCAACAGUAAUUGGCCUGGAAGUGGCCGGUAAUAUUGUUACUUCGUUGACACGUGCCGCGGGUCUAAGGCUUUGGAAUUGAUGUCAUUGUGAUGACGCAAUGGAUUGCGGCCUUAAGUGGGCGCUUUUCAGUACCAAAACAACACUCGCACCCAUUAUUGAGGCUGCAGAUAAAACGGCGGCAGCUAGCGAAGCAGAAGCGCCAACGCCAACAGCAAGAGUGGCUUUUACGGCUACAGCUUCCGAAAAAACACCAACAACUCCAAAUAGAAUACGAGAAAGACCAAACAUUUCCAGAAUUCGCCAUUGGUCCAAUUUUUAUACCCGAAAAGUAGGCAUAUUAAACGCCGCCAAAGGCUACGCCGCAGUGCGUCUUUAUAGCACCGUAGGUGGAGUUACAAGCGACUCUGUGGGGCCACGGCGUUACGGCCGCGAAUGUGCCAUCAGAUUCAACACUAGCUUAUUUCAAAGAAGCAGACGAAUAUAACACAUAUAACAUAACCUCCCUGCUGCCAACAGCGACGGCUUCAGGUCGCCCGAAGUAGAAGCAGGUGAAAUAGAAACUAAGAAAAAACAAUAACAGAAAACGGGUACAACGACAAAUGCUGUUUUAGGAGAACAAACGGAAUAAAAACCUAAGAUAAUGAAACAUUCAAAUAUUUUUAUACACAAAGAUAUGAUGGAAUUCGGCUAAAGAGAAUCCGAUGAAUUAAACGCCGAAAUCAAAAAGUGAAGAAAAUUCCACAAAAGUAUAAAGAAUAAGAACUAAAUAAUUAAAUUAAAAAUAAAAAUAUAGAAAAGUAUAACUAACCUAACUAUUCUCUUAUCUUGCGCGAAUUCAAUUUAAUUUCUGUCUCAAAUUGAUUCGCUACCUUACCGCGUCUCGUCUUGACUUAAUUCAAUCCGACUAUAUCAAUUUGAUUCUACUUGAGCGGAAACUACUGAACUUAAAUCAUUUAAUAUCACCAACGUUGCUCGCACUUUGUCGUCUAGUCCGGUCAUAGUGUUGCUACAGCCACAGGGACGCCGCAAAACUGGCGUUUACGCACAAAGUUGAACAAAAUAAAUUCCCCAACGCAGCUGACGUUUAGGUGCGAAUUGUGUCAAUCAGGGCGCAAUUGUUCAUUUGUGCAGUGGCCAUGGAGCCUCCUGGCGGGUUACCGCCGGACCGAGAUAGACAACUAGUGCUGCGCCCCCAGCAGCAGGAGCAACAACUGGUACCGUUGGUACCGCAAGUCAAACCGACCCUAGCACUGAAUCUUUACUCCAAGGACCAAGCAGUGUCCUUUACUAUUACCACAACGCCGGCGGCAGAUGUAAUAGUCGCUGCCUCCACUGAGAAUGCCGCUGCCUCAUCCACCACAACGAUCCGCACCACUAAUGCACUUGUGCUUGCGUCCGCGAGCAACGUUGUUAGUGUAAUCGCUGCGGGCAACACUAGCACGGCUCCAAGCACCAGCCCCGCACUGGCGUCCACAGCUAUAGCAAUAUCGGGCACUACGCAGGCGGCCACCGCGUUCAGCGGAAGCGCGGUGGGUGUGCAGCACACCCCACAUCAUCAGCACCCGCCACAUCAUCAACCACAUCAUCCUCCGCAUCAGAUGCACCAUUUCCCACACCAUCAGCCACAGGCGUACGGUGCGCACAACUCGUCGACAAACUCGUCUCUGCUUGGCGGUAUCUCGAGCAGCAGUAGCAGCAGCACUUCAGUUGGUGGGCAACAGCAAACCAUCGAAAAGUUGGCGCGACCGAUGGCAUUCGACAAGAUGGAGGCACUUGUACGCACUAUGCAGAAUGAUGAAAAACCCGUGCCAGUGCGAGUGCAGAAGACCUUUCUCAGCAAUAUUCCAUCGGCGUUCAUGGGUUACGAUUUGAUUGAGUGGAUGAUGGAUCGCCUGAUGAUCGAGGAGUCCGAGGCAUUAAGCAUCGCUAACCAACUCUGUUUGCACGGCUAUUUCUUUCCCGUUAAUGACACCAAAACACUAGCCGUGAAAGAUGACUCCUCGCUGUAUCGUUUUCAGACGCCCUACUAUUGGCCAUGGCAGCACAAGCCUCCCGACAAUGUGGAGUACGCCAUUUACUUGGCGAAGCGUUCAUUGCGCAAUAAACAACGUCAUGCCUUGGAAGAGUAUGAGACUGAAGCCUUGGCAUCGCUGCAUAAGAGCUUGAAAGGUAAGUGGGAUUUCAUCACUAUGCAAGCUGAGGAGCAGGUACGAUUGGCGAAGGAACGUAAGAAGGGCGAUAAGAUCGUCGUUGACUCACAAGAACGCGCCUAUUGGCGUGUACACCGUCCACCGCCCGGCCAGUUCACACCUUUGGAGCCAUGCCCCAUACCUUCGCGUGAUCGCCAAGGCUUCAAGCCUAAUAAGAAGAAAACGGUUGAAGAUGUGCAACGUGAGGUGGACUAUCUGCGUAAGUCGUUGAAUCGUACACGCAUGAAGAUGUCACAAGCUUGCGAGUCACUCGUGGUAUAUUCGGAGACAUUUGCGGAGUAUGACUUCUUUUUGCAGCCGGUACUGCCGUCAAACCCUUGGGUGACUGAGGAUAUCACAUUUUGGCAGCUGAACAACAGUUUUGUGGAUACACCCACAGAGAAGCGAGUUAAGCGUUGGGCUAUUUCGGUAGAAGAGUUGGUUUCCGAUCCAACAGGUCUGCAGGAGUUUACACACUUUUUGGAGAAAGAGUACUCUCACGAAAAUAUACGUUUCUGGAUCGCAGUGAAUCGGUUGCGUCGCUCGUCUCACUCUCAAGUGCCGCGUAAAGUUAAAGAAAUUUAUGAAGAGUUUCUGAAACCUGGCGCGCCAUGUGAAAUUAAUAUUGACGGUAAAACUAUGGAGAGUGUGUUGAAGGGUCUAAAAAAUCCCUCACGUUUCACAUUUGAUUCUGCCUCGGAACACAUCUACACGCUGCUACUAAAGAAGGACUGUUACCCACGUUUCAUACGAUCUGACCACUACAAACGUCUACUGGAGGCAGGCGUACCCCCAUCACACAAGAAACGCUUCUUUAACUUCGGUGGUGUGGGAGGUGCCAAGAAGAAGAUGACAGCGGCACUCUCCAGCCAACCGAAUCUUGGCGACGGCACAACUGCGAAGAAUAUCGGCGGUGCGAGCGGCUCGAUGAUGGCAGCGCCACCUCCAGGGAACUUGGCGCGACGACGUGGCAGCGACCGCAGCCUUACCGGCUCCGCUCACGAACUGGCUGUGAUCGGCGUAAAUAAGGACAUAUCCUCAAAAGUGCCACACUCGCACUCACAAAGCAACUUGAGUGAGAUGCCAUACAGCAGUGAGUCCAUUUACAGAGGAGACAUGCCACAACUCCAGGUCACAGAUGUCGCUGUUCAAAAUUCAUCACUCGGAAAUCGCGAGAGCAGCUCACGUUCGCUUCAGGAGACGACCAAGCCGAAGACUGCUCGCUUGGAGACCACGGUGGAGUCUUCCAGUAGUGCUGUAUGCCCAUGGGAUGUGCCUGAUGAGCCCCCUGACACACAGGCACCCACUCCAUUUCAAAAGUCUCAAAUUAAAUUGUCCAUAUGUCCCUGGGAGCAAGAAGGUGACCUUGCUCCAACGGCUGGUAAUAUUACAAAGUCGGCCACGCACCGUCUCACCAGCACAUCUUCGGACAACACUGAUGUAUCGGAUCGCAUUCAACGCAACUUGGGUAUAAGACAUCAGAACACCGUGGAUAGCGGCGAGGCGAGUAAACGUCUUAUUCCAAACUUCACCGAGCAACGCAGAGCUUCAAUGUCCUUCACACAGUCGCGUCUUUCGGAAUAUCAAUUCGGUCAGACAUCUGUUUCAGCGAAAACUUCUUCUAGCCCAUCGCCAACAGUGGGUAGCCAGAGUGUUGUGGACACUUCACUUCCCGCACCACCGCCACCGCUCUUCACUCAAAGUAUUGCGACCAUGGCCGCAGUAACGGCAAUUAGUAGCUCAUCAACGAUUGUGUCGAAGGAUCCUCCCUCCUCCUCGGAUGCCGAAGUAGAGGAGGAGCUGCAUAAGCUAAGUAUAUCCCAGAGAAAUAGUGAAUCUUCAGCAUCCGAAAUGUGUGUGCUGCCCCCACCUACACCGACACCACCGCCCAUUACUAAGGUGACACCACCACCUCCGGAUGACAAUAUUUGUGCUUACUAUCAGCCAGUCGAGGUGAUAUCUUGUGAGAGUUCUCAAAGCGAUCAUGUGGGCGGUGCAGAAAGAAGUGGUGGAAGCGGCAAUAGCGCCAAUAGUAGCAUUGUCAUAUCUGAAACCGAUGUGGAGGUACCUGUGCAAGAGGUACAAAUAGAGCUAAUUGAAAGCUAUAACUUUCAGGAAAGGAAAAGUCCGAAGCUGUCUACACCUUCCAUACAGAUUGAAGAGGAGAUAGAAGCUUUGCAUAUUGAGGAUUCAGUCGCAGAGCCGUCGCUGGCCGAAGGUGAUGUUAUCGAGACUGCAACUCAAAGAACGCCUACAACCAGCCGAGGUAACUCCCGGCCGGAAACGCCAGAAAUGGAACAGAAGCUGCUACCAGCUGCCAUCACGCCGGACAUUUUGCAAUCGCCACAACUGCAUACGUCCAUAUCUUCGGGCGCACUGCUAGUUACCGCUUCAGUGAUACCGCCACCACCACCACCCAUUGGUCCAAUGGAAGAGGAAGAGCAGCUACGCGUUGAGGCAGAAAUAGCAGCAGCACAAGAGACACAGGAAGAACUUUCACCAACUACAGACGAGUAUCAAGAAGGUCUCCAAUUCGAUACCGAUGGCAAGGAAGACUACGAAUAUGACAUUAUCGACACUGACACCCAAGCCGGUUAUAUACCUCCAGCACCGACGCCAGCACCAUCCAUGGCACCACUUGCUGAAAUGGACAUAGACACCGUAGAUGAUGAGCCAUGCGAAGAAAUGUGCUCUAUGCAGGAAUUGGCGGAAAUACCAACAACACCAACGCCAAUUGUGAACAUGUACGAAGUGUCGCCGACCAUCAUUGAGAAUGUAAUACCAGUGGUCACUGAAGAGGUGAAAAAGCGACGAAAGAAGCGCAGUGCCGAAGGCAAAAAAAUACUAUCCUUGGAUGAAAAGGAGCAAAAGGCCAGCACAUCGACAGGUGGAGCUGCGGAAAUCGUCAGCGGAACAAAGUCGGAGACUGACCGUAAUGCGGUGUGCCCUUGGGAGGACGAAAAUGUUACAACCAGUGAUGGCACUUUCGUGAAGACAUACGCCACGCUCGGGUAUUUAUGAAUAAAGCAGAACCUUUUCAAGUCUGUGGUCAACAAAAUACUGAAGAAAAAGAAAAAUCAAAAGAAAUGACAGUUUUGCAAUGCAACCCUAAACACAUACACAUAAACUCACACGCAAUCGCUCAUAAAUAGCAAACAUACACAAUUCAGCGCUAGAAUGGGCACUGAUGGGAUUGAUCUCUCCUUUAAAGCGUUUUGUUUAUGCAAAACACUAAAUUCGUUACCAUGAUUUUGUUUCCGAUUUACAAAACCUUAAGAGUUGCUCUCAGCUUGUCGACUUAUAGCACACCCACAAACAUACCCGUAACAUUUACCUAGUCGUCACUAAAAAAUAGAAUAAAUAAAUCUGCUACUAGAAAUUAUUAAUAAGACAUCACUACAUAUACACUUCACACACAUAUACACUUCGCACACAUAUACACAUAUAUACUAUUCAGCACUCCAGAAAAGAAAGAAAUAAGAAAAUGAUGAAUUGAGUGCUUAAAUGCUUAAGCAAUUGCUACUUCAAGUGAAUUGUCUAUUGCUGAAAUCACAAUUAUUUAAGGAAAUCUCGAAGUGCAAAGAGAAAAUAUAAAAUUAGGAAUUCGCGUUACAUAACUAUUAUUAGUAUUUAGAAACUUAGCGAUUGGUGAUUUGUAGAAGGAAAUCACAUAUUGGAUACUUCUAUGCUUUGGCGCGGACUUCAAAAGGGAUGUGCGCUGAUUGACGGUUAUCGAAUGUCGCCACGAGUCGUAAUUUUAAUAGACAGAGAAGAUUAAAAAUAAUCGAAAAAUUAUGAAAAAAAGUUCUAAGGAAACGAGAGAGUGAGAUUUAGGUGGACGAAUUGAAUGUCACAGCCGGACAACGAACGGAGCCGAAGUGUGGUGAAUUAACUUCAACAAAGAGAAAUUUGAAGCAGAAAAAGAGUUUAUUUUAAAGGAAAUAUGAAAAAGAGAAAUGUAAAGCGAGUUUGGUAGUUGUCACCUUGGAACUUUGCUCCACAAUCUCCCCACUUAGUUAAAUGUAAAGAAGAGCAGUGCGACAAAUGCAAAGUAUAAACGAAAAGAACAAAGAAAACACUACAAACUAACACAUAUGCACAUUUUAGUUGUAGUAAACAUAAUAAUUUCUUUAUUCGUUUAUAUUUUCAUUUAUGUUUAAGUUUAUUUUAUUUAAAAGUACGACAUUAUUUAUGCUCUUUCGAAAAGGUUAAUAUUAAACAGUUAUUUACAGUAUUAUAUAUAUUAGGUAACAUAACCCAUAAAAAAAAUUCUUUAAAGAAAAAUAAUUUAUUUAUGAAUACAACUCUGACUUUAAAUAACUUUUAUUUAAACGCGAGUGUGAGGUCGGCUGACCACAAAGUUUCAAUUUCAUGCAAUUUGCAAUUUGCGCACUAGUACACAAAUAUUUUUGAAAACUUUUGUAAGAACGCACACCUUUUGUAAAAUGAUGCUUUACGCGCUUACACCUCGCUCACAUAUUUAUAUGCACUCUCUGCAUGCAUGUGUGUGGGCGGGACAGCUCCAGCUGCUCUCUCGUCGUUCGUGCACACACAACUUUCGAGCCCCAAAAUGUAUGCAACGAAAGCGAGAUACCAACAAUGCGAGGCAACUGCGGUGGAAGGUCUCACAGGACGCCCGUGCCUCUUUAUGACAGACUGGAGCCAACGCAAAUAAAACGGCAUUUUACGAGACGACAACCGAUUGGAAAAACAACAGUUAUUUGGGUCAUUGAAUAUACUAAGUAUUAUUAAUAAAUAUGAUAAAUAUAUUGAAUGUUGAAUAUACUACAACGCUACUUAAAAUGCACUAACUAAGCAAAUGUACCGCUGUUCGAUUAUUGAAAAAAAUUACACAUACAUAUAUAAUACUAUGUUAUAAGCAGUUGCCUAGCAGGGCUUAGUGUUUGUUGUUUAUUCAAGUAAAAUUGGCAAAUUCGGUGUUGCAUUUAUUCACAAUAUUCACUAAUCAAUCCUUACUAGUUGGCACUUGCAGCCGCUUACUUAUGUGUCUGACUUAUAAAAGAUGUUACGCAAAAUAAUUAAAAAAAAAUGAAAAAAAGUAUAAAAAAGUAAAUAAAAAUUUAAAAAAAUUAUAAAAUUUUUGAAAAAUCAGAAAAAAAAUUGUUGGCAUAUUCCUAGCAUUUAACCUAUAUACAUACAUAUAUAUUUCCAGUAUAAAAUUUAACCACUUAGAUUGAAGGAGUUACUAAUUGAAUAUUGUGUGUUACCUAAAAUUAAUAUACAGAAAAUUAAUGCAUACAAACAUUCUUAGAAAUAAGGUUUAUAAGUUAAUGAAAGAUGCAAGUUUUAAAAAUAUUUGUGUAUAAAAGGCGAAAACGAAAAGUGGAAAACACUUUUUAGAUAGCAAAAAAUAUUCAAGAGAAACUUUUGAACUUUCAAACAAAAAAAAAAACAAUUUUUCAGGUCAGCAAUUUUAAAAAGAUGUACUAAAAAUAUUCAAAAUUAUUAAAUUGAUAAAUUAUUUUUUUAAUUAAUCUAAGUAAUUUAGUUUAGUUUCCACGCAUACAAAUGAAGUCAGUCACAAAUAUGUAGGUCACUCCACACAUCACACUCUGAAACUCACCAUCUCUCACGCACACUGAAUUUUUACUCUCAGCGCUACUACCGAUUCUCAAUCAAAAAACGAGCUAAAGGAAACAAGUAAUAAUUGGUUGUUGGCUAGACAAUUAUCUCCCAUUAAGCUCGCUCGAGUAUGUAUUUUAUUUACAAUUACAAUGUACUUAACUAUAUUAAAAGAUAAUUAUAAAACCAAUCAAAAUUAAAGAGUGGGCUAAAUUUAAAGGCGAUACAGUGGCAAAAUGCAAAUAUAACCGAGUAAAUUCCACAACAAAAAAAUUAAUUAAUAAGUAAGCAAGUUAUAACUGAAAAAAACUUAGAAAAAAUUAACCACUACAAAAUAAAUGUUGAAUAUUUCUAAAAAUGCAUAAAAUAAAUGAAACCACCGUUCAAAACCACUCACCAAAUGAAGCGAAGCGAGAAACCUAAAGAAAAAACAUAAACAAAAACAAAAAAAAUAUAUAAAUAAUAACUCAAGGGCAAAGUAAGCAAACAAGGUAAGCAAAAUGAAGAUCGCAUUGAUCCAGCAGAAAGGCAGAUGAGCAGAAAUAGAAUAAUCUUAGAGUAGACAUAUGAAUGGAUGUAGGAAAUGUAGUUAAUUUAGAUGCUCGUCAAGUACUCAACCCAUUAAAAUGCCAAAUUAUACACUUACAAAAACAAAAUAAAAAUGGAGAUUGUUGAAAAACGCAGAAAACGCGAGGAAGAGCAGAGUCCAGAGCAAAAAAUGAGCGGCAAAUGUGGAUCUAUAUACUUUACUAAAAUAUAAGCUAAAAUAAUUAAAAAAGGGUAGACGAAUAAACAAUAUACAUAACUAGAUGAAGAAAAUAUAAAAAAUUAUGCUUUUUGUUGUUCGAAAUUUUUGAAGCAGCUGAAGAGUAACGGCACAGUUAGCAUACUUUACGUGAUAAACAGAAAGAUAUGUGUAAGUGCAUAUAUGAUUGCCCGAGUGCUAGGAGAAAAGAGAAAGAAGAAAAAAAAGAUAAAGAACGAUUUGUAAUGAAAGUAAAGGAGAGCAAAGAGAAGAAAAUUCCUACGGUUAAAUUGGAACUCCUUAAUGGCGUUUGGGAACUCGGAGCAAAAUUAAAAAUAUUUAAAUGAAAUAUUUUCAUUAGUGAUAAGCAUAAAGGAUAAAACUAAUACUUAUAAUACUACUAGUAAUUGUUGUUAUUGCGUAUAAUUAAUAAUUAGCCUUACAAACAUGGUUAUAUACAUAUAUUAUUAAAGGUGUGGCUAAGCCCAUGUAGCAUUUAAAGCAGUAAUACACACAAAAAUAAUGUGAAGCUGAAUUUGGCGAACAAAAUUCAUAGCAGUGAAGAUUUGAGUACCAACCGCCCUAUAUAAAGUUAAGGAAAUAAAUGAAGCAGGAACAGAAAUUGAAACACAAAUAGAAACUGAAACAGAAAUUAAGACAGAAACAGAAACUGAAACAGAAAUUUAAAGAGCAAAUGAAAUUAAAGCAAAACACAAAAUCCAAAAGAAAACCAAAUCGCUUUUACAUUGCAUUGGAAAAUUUUUGCUAACAUAAACACUUAUUAUUUUAUCUUUACACACACAUAUACACAUACGAAUUGAUAAUUUUUAAAUCUAACGACUAACAACUAUCUAUCUACUUAUUAAGCCAAAUUAAUGAAAUAGAACUAUGUAUCAAACACAAUAGAAAAAGGACACUAAAAGAGAAACUUGGUCUAUUUCCUAAGUCAAAUGCGAAAGCAAAAACAGCAAAAACACGACAAAUAAUGUACUCAAUGUUUAAAAAAAUAAGUAACCUAAAGUUGAAAAUUGACAAAUACAGGCGCAAGCAUACAUACUCACACAAGUACAUAUCUAUGUAUAUGUGCUGUGUGCAAAAACAAAAAAUUAGAAAAAAUUCCGAAAUAAAUGCUUUGAGUAAGAAACCAGCAGUAGAGUAAUUAACAAACUAAUUUAUAUAGAUUUAGAUUAGUUGGAUCACCAUGAAACUAGCUCAUAUUUACACGAACAAAACACACAUAUACAUACACACACACCGAAAAAAUACAGCAUAAACAAUAAAUGAGGCAACUUAAUUGGGUUAAAGCAAAAUGUAUUAACUUAGUGCUAUGAAGAAAACACAAAAACUAACAAAAAAAAAA